AGUAAACCGAUAGAGACUUAUUGAAAUUGAAAUGGCUACAGAACUUCAGGAGUCAAGGCCGAGGUCUACACCCACGUCACUGAUACAAUUAAAAUAUUCUAAAGAUAGAAAAGUAGGGGAAGGUACUUAUGCCGUAGUAUAUUUAGGAGUUCAAAUUUCUACUAAACGGAAAAUUGCUAUUAAAGAAAUUAAGACUGGAUUAUUUAAAGAUGGAUUAGAUAUGUCUGCUAUACGAGAAGUUAAAUAUUUGCAAGAAUUAAAACAUCCUAAUGUUAUUGAAUUAAUCGAUGUAUUUUCUACUAGUAAUAAUUUAAAUUUGGUACUUGAAUUCUUACCUUGUGAUUUAGAAGUAUUAAUAAAAGAUACUUCUAUAGUUUUCAAAUCAGCAGAUAUUAAAUCAUGGUUACUUAUGACUCUAAGAGGAGUUCAUCAUUGUCAUAGAAAUUUCAUAUUACAUCGAGAUUUAAAGCCUAAUAAUUUAUUAUUAGCUCCUGAUGGUCAAUUAAAGAUUGCUGAUUUUGGUCUUGCAAGAUCACUAGGAAAUCCAAAUGAAGAUUUAUCAUCGAAUGUAGUUACUAGAUGGUAUAGAGCUCCUGAAUUAUUGUUUGGAGCUAAACAUUAUACAGGUGCUGUGGAUAUAUGGUCUGUGGGAAUAAUAUUUGCUGAAUUAAUGUUAAGAACUCCUUACCUUCCAGGUAAAGAUGAUAUUGAUCAAUUAGAUGUAACCUUCCGAGCUUUAGGAACUCCAACUGAGCAAAUAUGGCCAAAUGUAUCUAAUCUUCCUCAAUAUAACGCAUUAAGAGUAUAUCCUCCACCUUCAAGACAAGAGUUGAGAAAUAGAUUUAGUGCAGCUACUGAAAAGGCUCUAGACUUAUUAAUCUCAAUGACUCAAUUGGAUCCAAGUAGAAGAUGCGAUCUGACUCUGGCAUUAUUACAUGAUUACUUCUUAGAAGCACCUAGGGCAACCAAUCCAAAUGAAUUACCUCAGAAGAGAGAAAAGAAAAAGCCAUCUAAUGAAGAUGAUGGUACAAUUAAAAGAAGGAAAUUAUAGAUUAUUUGGUU